AUGAGUUCCUUUUCACUAUAUAAUAAUGUUGGACUGGGCCGCAACCGAGCCUUCACUACUAUUGCAAUCAAAUAUUCAACAUUGAUGGCCUACUACAAACGGCGUAAAGAACACCGAUUUGGGCUUGGCUUUGAGAUUAUGGAUAAUAGCUGGUAUAGUGGUAAACAGGAGAUGCACUACAAGAAGCAACAGAAAGGCAAUGAGGCAUAUGAGGCUUCUGUUCUUGAGGACCUUGCCGAGGAUUUUCGUUUACCAAUUGAUCACAGGGUGACAGAGAGCAUUGAUAUGGAUUAUGUCGAGCAGGCAUCUCUAGACACGCAGUUGACCUCGUCAAAUGUUGGGUUUAGGCUACUUCAGAAAAUGGGAUGGAAAGGAAAGGGACUCGGAAAGGAGGAACAAGGUAUUAUCGAGCCAAUAAAAUCAGGUAUAAGGGAUGCAAGGUUAGGUCUUGGCAAACAAGAGGAAGAUGAUUAUUUUACAGCAGAAGAAAAUAUUCAACGUAGAAAGCUAGAUAUAGAAGUUGAGGAGACUGAGGAACUUGCCAAAAAGAGAGAGGUUAUAGCAGAGCGCGAGCAGAGGAUCCAGAGUGAUGUGAAAGAAAUACGUAAGGUCUUUUUUUGCGAGCUGUGCAACAAGCAAUAUAAGCUGGCCAUGGAGUUUGAGGCUCACCUCAGCUCCUAUGAUCAUAACCACAGAAAGAGGUUCAAACAAAUGAGAGAUAUGCAAGGAAGCAGCAGUCGUGAUGAUAGGCAGAAAAGGGAGCAACAACGUCAAGAAAAGGAGAUGGCAAAGUUUAAGCAGAUGGCCGACGUGCAUAAGCAGCAGCAAAUGCUGACUCGGGAUGAGAGUGGGACCACCGCCUCUCCUUCCGCAACAACUGGCGCUACUGCAGUUGUCAACCAGGAUCAAAGAAAAGUUUUAAAAUUUGGAUUUUCCUCAAAAGGCAGUACCCUUAAGAGCUCUAUUAACACAGCCUCAAAGAAGCCGAAAGCUACUAUUGCCUCAGUUUUUAACAAUGAGAGUGAUGAAGAAUAG